AUGAUGGGAAUUCUCGCUCAGGCAGACGCUCACCCAUCCCUCCGCCAUGGCCCAUGCCCCCCUACCCUCCCCAUGCGCCCCUACUGUACCCCAUGCCCCCUUACCCUCCCCCAUGUGCCAUUAUCACAAGGGCAGGUGGACGAGGCGAGCAUGAUGGGAAUUCUCGCUCAGGCAGACGCUCACCCAUCCCUCCGCCAUGGCCCAUGCCCCCCUACCCUCCCCAUGCGCCCCUACUGUACCCCAUGCCCCCUUACCCUCCCCCAUGUGCCAUUAUCACAAGGGCAGGUGGACGAGGCGAGCAUGAUGGGAAUUCUCGCUCAGGCAGACGCUCACCCAUCCCUCCGCCAUGGCCCAUGCCCCCCUACCCUCCCCAUGCGCCCCUACUGUACCCCAUGCCCCCUCACCCUCCCCCAUGUGCCAUUAUCACAAGGGCAGGUGGACGAGGCGAGCAUGAUGGGAAUUCUCGCUCAGGCAGACGCUCACCCAUCCCUCCGCCAUGGCCCAUGCCCCCCUACCCUCCCCAUGCGCCCCUACUGUACCCCAUGCCCCCUUACCCUCCCCCAUGUGCCAUUAUCACAAGGGGUAGGUGGACGAGGCGAGCAUGAUGGGAAUUCUCGCUCAGGCAGGCGCUCACCCAUCCCUCCGCCAUGGCCCAUGCCCCCCUACCCUCCCCAUGCGCCCCUACUGUACCCCAUGCCCCCUUACCCUCCCCCAUGUGCCAUUAUCACAAGGGUGGACGAGGCGAGCAUGAUGGGAAUUCUCGCUCAGGCAGACGCUCACCCAUCCCUCCGCCAUGGCCCAUGCCCCCCUACCCUCCCCAUGCGCCCCUACUGUACCCCAUGCCCCCUUACCCUCCCCCAUGUGCCAUUAUCACAAGGGCAGGUGGACGAGGCGAGCAUGAUGGGAAUUCUCGCUCAGGCAGACGCUCACCCAUCCCUCCGCCAUGGCCCAUGCCCCCCUACCCUCCCCAUGCGCCCCUACUGUACCCCAUGCCCCCUUACCCUCCCCCAUGUGCCAUUAUCACAAGGGCAGGUGGACGAGGCGAGCAUGAUGGGAAUUCUCGCUCAGGCAGACGCUCACCCAUCCCUCCGCCAUGGCCCAUGCCCCCCUACCCUCCCCAUGCGCCCCUACUGUACCCCAUGCCCCCUCACCCUCCCCCAUGUGCCAUUAUCACAAGGGCAGGUGGACGAGGCGAGCAUGAUGGGAAUUCUCGCUCAGGCAGACGCUCACCCAUCCCUCCGCCAUGGCCCAUGCCCCCCUACCCUCCCCAUGCGCCCCUACUGUACCCCAUGCCCCCUUACCCUCCCCCAUGUGCCAUUAUCACAAGGGGUAGGUGGACAAGGCGAGCAUGAUGGGAAUUCUCGCUCAGGCAGACGCUCACCCAUCCCUCCGCCAUGGCCCAUGCCCCCCUACCCUCCCCAUGCGCCCCUACUGUACCCCAUGCCCCCUUACCCUCCCCCAUGUGCCAUUAUCACAAGGGUGGACGAGGCGAGCAUGAUGGGAAUUCUCGCUCAGGCAGACGCUCACCCAUCCCUCCGCCAUGGCCCAUGCCCCCCUACCCUCCCCAUGCGCCCCUACUGUACCCCAUGCCCCCUUACCCUCCCCCAUGUGCCAUUAUCACAAGGGCAGGUGGACGAGGCGAGCAUGAUGGGAAUUCUCGCUCAGGCAGACGCUCACCCAUCCCUCCGCCAUGGCCCAUGCCCCCCUACCCUCCCCAUGCGCCCCUACUGUACCCCAUGCACCCUCACCCUCCCCCAUGUGCCAUUAUCACAAGGGCAGGUGGACGAGGCGAGCAUGAUGGGAAUUCUCGCUCAGGCAGACGCUCACCCAUCCCUCCGCCAUGGCCCAUGCCCCCCUACCCUCCCCAUGCGCCCCUACUGUACCCCAUGCCCCCUUACCCUCCCCCAUGUGCCAUUAUCACAAGGGUGCCAUUAUCACAAGGGGCAGGUGGACGAGGCGAGCAUGAUGGGAAUUCUCGCUCAGGCAGACGCUCACCCAUCCCUCCGCCAUGGCCCAUGCCCCCCUACCCUCCCCAUGCGCCCCUACUGUACCCCAUGCCCCCUUACCCUCCCCCAUGUGCCAUUAUCACAAGGGUAG